AGAAAUAAAGAAAUAAAAUUGGUUUGCUUGUGUUUACACAGCAGAAAUUUAAAUAAAAAUUUCUGAAUUUUGUCUUGAGAAAUAUAAAAAUAAAUUGGUUUGGCCUAACCCUGAUAAGAUUCAUUGUUCCCUUUUAAUAUAGUUUCUCUGCUUCUAAAACAAAUGUACAAAAUUCCUAAAUCUCCGGGUGGACUAAUCCUUUAAUUUAAAACCCUGCCAUUGAUAUCACAGAAUUAAUGGCUACAUAUAUAUGUAAUUUGUUUCAUAUAAUUGUUUGUUUUUUGUGUGCCUAAGUAUUAAAACCACUCUACACUCGACUCGGUAAUAAUCGCUCAACAAAAGUUACUAUGUACCAAUAACAAUAGGGGUAUAGAAACGUUGACGCCAGUGACAAAACUUGAAUAAUCUUUUUAUUAUAAGACCUUACGAUUGUGAUCGAAGAAAGUAGGUUUUGUGUUGAAGAAUCGUUACAAGUUGUUCGAAUAAAAGAUAAAAUAACUGGCCUUUUAACCAACAAAUGAGCUUGGUUACCAUACAGAGUUACAACUGGGACGUUUUAUAUGGUUUAAGUAAUAUGGGAAAGUUAAUUUUCUAUACUGAGGGGGAAAACGUUCGAAAAGUUGAGCUUAUAUGGAUACAAAUUCUACUGUUUAAGUACUAUGGGAAAGGUGUUUUAAUUUCUAUAUUAGAGAAAAAGUUCAGCUUAAAUGUGAUGUUUUAUGCUGUUUGAGUAAUAUGGAAAAGGUGUUUUAAUUGUAUAUACUAAUGGGAAAAAAAUUUGAAAAGUUCAGCUAAUAUGGAUACAAAUUCUAUUGUUUUAAGUAAUAUGGAAAAGGUGCUUUAAUUGUACAAACUAAGGGUGAAAACGUUUGAAAAGUUCAGUUAAAAUGGAUACAAAUUCUAUUGCUUUGAGUAAUAUGGAAAAGGUGCUUUAAUUGUAUAUACUAAGGGGGAAAACGUUUGAAAAGUUCAGCUAAAAUGGAUAUAAAUUCUGGAACUAUGGAUGAAAAAGAUGGUCGAUAAUUUCUACAAUAGUCGAAAUUAAUUAAUUGUUCUGAUGUAGAUCCAGAAAUGGGGACUGAUGUAUUUAUUGCUUAAAGUUUAGUGAAUGGAAACUCCAAACAACCUACAAAAAAUCUGAAUCAGUCAAUAAUCAGUUAAGAUUAAAUAAUUGUUCGGAUACAGAUCCAGAAAUGAAGCACAUUUUGUGAUUACCCUAGUGAAUGGAAACUCCUAAUCUGAAUCAGACGUUUAUUAAAAUCUGAUAUUGAAUGCAUAUGAUUCUAUUCAGUGAAUGAAAACUUAAAACAUAUCUAUGAAAAUUGGUAUGAACCACCUUUGUGGUUACCCUAGUGAAAGGAAACGCCCCAUCUAAAUCAAUCAAUUAUUAAAUUUUAUGUUCAAUACAAGUACUGGUUGUGAUUCUGUUAUGUGAAUGAAAACUUGAAACGCAUCUAUCAAAAUUGUAAUGCAUGAUCCUAUAUCUGAUGUUUCUGUAAAAAAAAUUCUAUAUUCUUCAGUUAAAUUGGUUGUGAUUCUGUUUAGUGAAUGAAAACUUGAAAUGCAUCUAUGAAAAUUGAUAUGCAUGAUUCUAUAGCUGAUGUCCCUGUAAAAGAAAUUCUACAUUCUUCAGUUAAUUAAUUUUAUCGAUUUGAUGGAAAUUGUGGUAUUUAAACAUUUUUAUUCCAUAGCUGAAGGUUUGAGUUAUUGGAAUACGAAUUGGAUUUAAUUUAAUUAUAAUAAAUUGUGAAUAAUGGAAGCAGAAACAAAGGCAGAGUUUAAGACCGAGUCUGGACAUAAAAGAUACAGACCUAAUAUUGCUAAGGGUGGAAUGAGAUUUGCGCCUAUUCGACGGGUCGAGUAUGUCCCAGCCGUUAAAACCCCGGAAUCGAACAUUCCUUAUCUCUCGGUGAAGCAAAGACAGGAUGGACAGUUUGUUGUGAUUGAAAAAUUUCCUACAAGUUACCGGAAUCGUAGUGUUGGAAAAGUAACAAGCGUUCAGGCAUCAUUGGCAAACUCAGGUGUGAAAUUUCGUACCAUUCGACCAAGAUGGCGUUAUGCUAAAAAUGGUGAUUUUCUCGGAAAUACCGAGAACUUAAACUUGCCCACGAUAGAUCUUGGCUGGAAAAAAGAGUCUAAAUGUGGAUCACUGGAUUAUUACCAUCAUGCACCUGGGGGUGGCGUCAAACGUAUCUUUAGUGAAUCAGUUCGUUGGAAAGCAAAGUCUAAAGUUGGUUCACUGGAUAAUGUAUCUUACGGAAAGUACCGCUGUAGGAGUUAUCCAUCUUAUGAACAUUAUGGUCUAAGACUUCCAGAUGUAUCGCCUCGAUAUGAAGCGAUGGGACAAACAGAUGCUAAACCAAAAUUUCAUUAUACGCCUGGUCGAGAUCAAGAAAUGGACAAAUCGCCUCGUAAUGCCCGUCAGCAACAAGCUCAGUCACAUAUUCACUCUUUAGACAACAUCAGACACCAGGCACAAGGCGGCAACGUCAUACUACCUCGAUAUAAGAAAGCGCGGAAGGAGCCCGUAGAAUCGGCUGUGGGCUCAUUUGAUUUAAUCCAUCACAAGGCAGGUGGCGGAGACUUUAAACUACCUCAAAUCCCUAAAUUAAAAAUAAACGUCCAAUCAAAAAUAGGCUCGUUGGAUAAUAUCGAUCACGAACCCAAUAAACAACGUGCAAAAAUACCUCAUUAUGCUCCCAAUUGGAAGAGUCGUUCCAAGAUCGGUUCAUUAGAUAACGUACAACACGUCGCGGGUGGAGGCGGAGUCAAGAUCACAAAUAAACCUGUAAAGUGGAAAGUGCGAUCGAAAGUAGAUUCUCGAGCACCUCCAAGAAUAAUUUACGAACGAGAGGAAUCCGAUUAUUCUAUGGAUUCUUUGUAAUUAUAAAUAAUCGUUGACAUGUAAGUAGUGUGUAAGUGGGUUAACAAAUGCGUUUUUAAUCCAUUUUGAAAUGACGAUCCAGUUACUUCAGGAAAUAGCAUCAAUAGUCUUCUAUUCCUUCAAAUAUUAAACAUACAUUAAGUAAGAGCUAAAUUUGCCUAUUGCAGGUCUUUCUUUACGCCUGAAUUGUUAUCUAAAUUAUUAAUUAGACAUUAAUUAACUUAUCCAGACCAUAAUCAUUGCUAGCCUGUGAUAUUUAGCGGAUUGGAAUACAUUUUGUGAAGGAUAAUUUAAUGUAAAAAUGGGUAAUCGAGACUUUGUUAUUUAGUAAUGAUAAUGGAGGCUAGUCUAAAAUUCAAAAGCUAAUAUCUUGGUUCAGAGUGGAUCAAGCAA